AUGCAGGUGGCGAGAGCGUCAGUUACCCUCCGAAAGCCAGACGAUUGGUCGAAAUGGUUGCUCACGAGGAAGAUAUCCGCAGACCGAAAUAGUCUGUGGGAGUACGUUAACCUAGAUCUUUCGCCAGAGAGGCUGAAGAUGCUGGAAGACGAAAGACCCAAAGAGCUCGAAGUGAGGAGAUUUCGAAAUCCUCUUACAGACGAGCAGAUCGACAUCCCAGACUUAACAGCGACAGAGCUCGCUACGUACAACUCAUGGGCUAGACGAUUCGAUCGCGACGAGGCCAGGUGGCUCACGAAGGAGAAGGCUCUCCGAACCCUAAGCCUAGAGAUCGUGCAGACAAUUGACGUCAAACACCUAGACCUAAUUCUCGAUUGCGCAGACGCCUAUAGCCAGCUGAGAACACUAAAGAAGCACCUCUGUCCAUCGAUUGGACAGAGGAACCACCAACUCAGAGCUCGGUACACAGCAGUCUGCACGAGACCAAAGACGGCAAACUUAGACACAUGGUUCGACGAGUGGGUGACGAUCACCCGACUCCUCACGGAGGCUAAGAUGCCAGAGACGACUAGCAAAAGAGCGCAGGAAGAGUUUAUCCUGUCAACUAGAGGCCUAGACGAUAGCUGGGCAGCUACUCAGCUACAGGACCUUAUUAAGAAGGAAUAG